AGGGCGCCAAAGCUAAUCAGCUGACUCAAACGCUACCCCAACUGUUACUUCUUACGUUGAUAGCAAACUCAUCUACGAAAGACAAACUAUCAUCGCCACCUAUUACCAUCAUCCGAGAAAGAUUUAUUGAUCCAGUCAUUCCACAUGGCUAAACGCAAGCCCACACUUACGCUUGUGGAGAUGGAAAGGAAGCUAGGAUACAGAAUCGAUUCCUCAAACUAUCCUGAGGAGAGUGUGAAACGCUUCUACUCUGAUCUCCGACCGGUUCCUAGUAGUGUCUACGAGAGGACCAAAGCAGAAUUCGAGGAGCAUGAAAAGCAGAGGUCUGCCAAAGCAGAUGACAUCAUUUUGGAGGAAAUGCUUCCGGAUUUUGACAUAAUUGACCAUGGUCUGGAAAGCGUGAUAUUCACACGUAGGAGUCACGUCGGCUUUUACACUUUUGCUGUAGAUAUUCACUAUGGUUUCGGAUUCGACUUACCUCUGCUACUUACUAAGAACGAAGCAUUCAGGGCCAUGACCGUUCCAAAGUUGCAAGUUGAUAGAAUCCACGGUCUAGAAUCGAUGUUCUUUAAGCUCCCGAAAGAACUCCGUGACAAGAUCUAUGCUUUCGCACUCCCAGCCGGGAAAUGGCAAAUAGAAGAUGUUGACAAUUUUAAUGAGCUCAUCUUCGCUAAAGGUAUAGGCGAUCCUAGUGGUUUCUACUUUUCACUAAGUAGCCACACCAUGCUCAGAGUCAACAGACAGAUGCGUCAGGAGGCACUGUGCCUUGCGUAUCGCCAGAUGGUGUUUCACUUGGAUGACAUGGACGACCUCAUAAAGCUUCUGAUUGCAAUUGGCGAUAUUGGUCGUGACAACAUUGAAUCACUGGAACUUGCCUGGCAUAGCGGAACAGAUCUUCAGUGUCAAUGGGCUGAAGCUCCGGGGCCUAACGGGCAUUCGCUGACUUUGCCAACCCUUCAUGUCGCAAAGUGUGUCCAGCUGCUCAAGCAUUGCAAGAGGCUGAGAUACUUGCGUCUUUAUUUCGAUAGCGACCUCAUACUGGGCAUGUCUCCGGGCGCUUAUAAAGCUGAUCCUGGUAUUUGUGAGCUUAGUUCCAUUCGAGGAAUUAGGAGAGUAGAUAUCUGUGAUUCGAAUAAUACGCCUUUAGAGCAUUCUGACUUUGUCGAGUGGCUAAAGGAAGAGAUGGAGUCUUCCAACGAGGCCAAAAAAGAUAAGAUAGGGGUUGGCAAGCAGUAAUAUAAUGAAUAAGACACGGUCCUGUUAACUCACUUAUAGUUCAGUAGUAUCAAGAACGUCAUGGAUGUGGUAUGAAGCUACCAAGGUUUGUUUAAAAGUGUGUCCUCUAUUAUUCCGUGUGUUUGCUCUCAAACGAUCAGUGUAAAACACGAAUGAGCGCGACCGUAUUAGAAACUAUCUGGGGAAUCUAUUUGUAAUGUACUGGAAGAG